AUGGAAUCGGUGAGCUCCGGCGACGGCUAUCCCCAGCUACGGACGACCGUCGGCCAGCGCGGGCUCAGUCGGCACGGCGCCGACGACCCUCGGCUUGGAGCUCGCCCUCGCCCGCGACCCUCCAGGGCAGUCCACCCGAGUCCGUCCAUGGAGGGAGAGGCCGUUGACGCCGAGCUGCGGCUCGGCCCUCCGGACAGCGGCGGCGCGUCGGCGGUGGCGGCGGAGAGCAAGUACGUCAAGGUGAGCGUGGAAGGAGCCCGGUACCAGCGGACGGUGGACCUGAGGGCGUACGGAGGGCACGGGGAGCUCAGGGCGGCGCUCUUGGGCCUGGCCGGCCAGAUGCUGGACUUGGCCGUGGCCUACGAGGACAAUGACGGCGACAUCUUGCUCGCCGGCGACCUCCCCUGGGACAUGUUCGUCUCCGACUGCAGGAGCGUCAGGAUUAUGAGACGGUCGACGACGGUGACAAGCAGCUAGAGCUAGUUAGGGCAGCAACGCGACAUCUCCAUGUCGUGUCAUCAUUGCCGUUGGUGUUUUUCUUAGAUGCGUUUAUGUUGGCAAAAUUUCUACAUCUUGUUUGGUGCUGUUGCAUGAUACUUUAUGGUGAGAAAUUUGGAUGAAACUUGAAUAAGAACUGCGCCU